CCGCAGUACUACCCACCACAAGGUGGAGGCUACCCCCCUCAAGGUUCAGGAGGAUACGCUGUGCCGGCAAAGAAGAAGUCCCACGGAGUUCAGACCGCCGCCGAGCGAUCCAAAGAACAGCAGAUGCUCGUCGAGACUGAAGGACUACGACGACGUGUUCGAAGAGACACUGAAGCGGCCUUUGAUCCAAAGUGUAACUCGGAGCUCCUCAAGGAGAUCAUUCUAGAGAACAUGAAUGCGACUACAGCUGUGGCUAAGCGACAGAUUCAAGAAGCAGCAACCGAAAGACUCGGUGGAAGAAUUGACGUCGUCUGCUCUACCGGAACUUUCUCCUACAUAGUGAACACUGAACUGUACUGUGAAACAGAGAAGGAUGGCACCACCUGCUUUGCGUUCCGGCAGUCUUCGUAA